UCUGAAAAAACUGUGACAUAUGAAGAUGUGCCAGACUGCAGUGAAGUGCCGCAUGCAUUUGGAUCCAUGGUAUUUUCUGAUGCAGCUUCACUGUUUGAAGAAUCUCCGUUAGAAGAAUUUAUUCUAAAUACUCACAAAACAAAACAGCAUUCAAGGCAUGAUGCUCAACUGGAUGAUAUGGAAUUCACACUGUCAACUCCAGUGACAAGAAAAGUGGCAUCAAAGAAGCAUGAAAACAAAGAGAAUGUUGAUACAGAGUCAGCUUUAAGAAUUGAAAUGCCCUCUGCGCUUCCUGCUCCUUUUGCAAAGAGUCAGAUUGAGACGCAAGUACAAACCAUACCCUUUCAGGCACCUGCCUUCAAAGAGAGCCAGUUCACUGCAGCCACCCCAAUUAAGAAACAUACAAACCCAACAAACACAGACGAAUUGACAGCGACUGAGGUUCUUCCCGAAAAAAGGUGUCAUUCAGUGGAAUUAGAUCUCAACUUAGCUCAUGUGGAUAGCAGCCAAAAGAAGAGAAAAGCCAAAAUAUUCGGCAGUCUUGAAAGAGGCCUAGAUAAAGUGAUCACAAUGCUUACGCCAAGCAAAAAGAAACGAUCCACUAGAGAUCGUCCAAGGAAACUUAAGGCACACUAUAAUGUUACCACCACUCGGCUGCUGAAUCCAGACCAACUGUUGAAUGAAAUAAUCACUGUUCUUUCAAAGAAGCAUGUGGAAUAUGUUCAGAAGGGUUAUACCCUGAAAUGUCAAACACGGUCAGAUUUUGGCAAAGUAACUAUGGAGUUCGAGUUAGAAGUGUGUCAACUCAGUAAACUUGAAGUAGUGGGUAUCCGGCGACAGCGGCUUAAAGGUGAUGCCUGGGUCUACAAGAGGCUGAUGGAAGACAUCUUAUCUAGCUGCCAAGUGUGA